ACAAAAUGGCGUCCCUUGCGACCUAGAAAAACUAAAAGUUCCAAAAAUAAUUUCCUGUAUCACAUAGAUGACACAGGAACUUAGCUAUGUGCAGCUCAAGACUGCGAAUGAAGCAAGACAAGCGGAAGAACAAAGAUGCGAACAACGUAAAAGAACUUUAUUGGUACUUAUCGCUCAUUACUUACGGGAGGAAGGUUAUAUUGAUUCCGCUCAUGCUCUUGAGAAAGAAGGUGGCGCAAGUUUAACCAAGUAUGAAGUCUGUGACAACAUUGACUUGCCAACGAUUUUACAGGAAUUUGAGUCAUAUCAUUUGGUAAAAUUUAAUAGAGGGCCAAAAAUUAUCAAGAAAAAGGUGACAAGUGCUGAUGCCAACAGAGCAUUGCCUCCAAAGCCAAAAUCUUUAUCUGGAAGUUCUCGUAGCAGCUCUGUGUCACUUCCAAGUAUUAAUGGCCAUUCAGGAGCAACAGAUAGUUCUCAGUCUCCAAGUUCAUCCAAGAGACCCAGUAGUGAUGGCAAAAGGAAAAUGUCAAUUACAAAACAGAAACCACAGCAGAAAAAUGGUUCACCUCCCAGGAACAGUCCUGCACCAGCCACAUCUUCAGAGCUGAACCUGGCAGGAACAUCAAUAACAAGCACUACCAGGAAUCCAUCAAACCAAAAUACUCAUGGAAAGAAUGUCAUUAUUGAUAUGAGAGCCAUGUUGAAUAAUGCAGUCAAAGGUGAAUAUAUGGCAGUAACAGAUCCCUCAGACAGACUUUUGAAGCCUUUAGGGGGAUUUUCUGGGUUUACAGGAGAAUGGAGAGACUUGGCUGCUGUCAUCAGCAGGGAUAUUUACCUUCAUGACCCUGACAUAAGAUGGGAUGACAUCAUUGGCUUAGAUGCCGCUAAGAGGCUUGUUAAAGAAGCUGUGGUCUACCCUAUCAAGUACCCUCAACUCUUCACUGGCAUUUUGUCCCCUUGGAAAGGACUCUUAUUAUAUGGACCACCAGGAACUGGAAAGACCCUGUUGGCAAAAGCUGUGGCAACAGAAUGCAAGACGACGUUCUUUAACAUCUCGGCUUCUUCCAUUGUAAGCAAGUGGAGAGGAGAUUCGGAGAAGCUUGUCAGGGUUUUAUUUGAACUUGCGCGCUUCCAUGCACCAUCCACGAUCUUCCUUGAUGAGCUGGAAUCUCUGAUGAGUCAACGUGGAACAGGAGGAGGAGGAAGCGAGCACGAAGGUAGCAAGCGAAUGAAGACAGAACUGCUUGUACAGAUGGAUGGACUGGCAAGAUCAGAUGAUCUUGUAUUCCUCCUGGCUGCUUCAAACUUACCUUGGGAGCUUGAUCAUGCAAUGCUGCGUCGUUUAGAAAAGCGAAUUCUGGUCGACCUUCCUAGUUUAGAAGCAAGGGAAGCCAUGUUGAAACAAUACCUACCUCCGUCAAUUCACUCAGGGGAAGGAAGCGUUGAAAUAAAAACACAGAUCGACUAUGGAGAACUGGCUAAGCGCACAGAGGGUUACUCGGGGUCUGACAUUCGCCUUCUUUGCAAGGAAGCGGCCAUGAGGAAAGUCAGGAAGAUAUUCGACCUGUUAGAGAGUCACCAAGCUGAGGGCUCAGACGGCCGUGCAACACCGCUACCAAAACUGGAAAUUGAGCCCGUAUACACUGAUGAUGUAGAUGCAGCGUUGAAACACACAAAACCAUCCGCCAGGCAACUAAAAGGAAAAUACCAGGAUUGGCAAAAGGAGUACGAAUCCGUGUGAUGAAGUAAUUCUGGGAGAGAGACAACUUGACCGUCGUCUACCAUAUAGUCCAAUAGUGUGACCUUCUGUCAUCUGAAAAGUUUGCCAGUGAUAGUCACUGCUCAGCGGUAUUCGACAAAUGUGUCGUCAGAGUCGUUCAUAUUGGUCACGGUGUAAUGGAUAGAACAAACCUACAUGUAUAUUCAGUUCUCGCUGCACAGGUGUGUGAAUGGUUUGGACACGGCCUUAGUUGGACAUUUAGACAGGAUGUCCUGCAAGAUCACAUGAUGCUCGGACCAUCAUCUGACUUGCUUUUCAGCUGAAAAAUGUUCAAGGAAUUUCUGUCGGGUGAUUAUUUGGUAAUAUUUCAUGAGCUUUAGGAGCGUCUUUGAAUAGCUACCCAAGUGAUUAUAAGAACGCCUGUAUAUUCUUUCAGAAACAUCGACAAAUCGCUCGGCGUUGAUUAUAAAAUUGUCUUUGAAUUAACUGAUACAUAGUGGAGAGUUAUUUUGGAAUGAAAGAGUAUCUAAGAACCUGAACUAAAUCAAAAUCUCAACGGACAGUCCGAGCAACGGUAAAUUCAGAGUUAGCUCGCGAGACGUGAAGGCAAAUGAACGUAACCGACCGCGAUUUGUGUAGGAAAAGGUAAGAAUUUUGCUGCAGGCAGCCCCAAGGUGCGGUAAGCCACAACUGUUUUUCUCUCAAAGUAUGCCAUAUUCAACUGAGAGAUUUUAUUAACAAGAAGUAUUGUAUAGGAAAUACUGUCAGAUUGUAAGAUUUCUUGUUCCAAACGCAUAUGUUGGGAACUACAGGUAAAGCAGCACACAAGGGACACAAUAUUUGUUUGAUGUAAAAGCUCCUGCACCAGGAAUAAAUAAUAAUAAUAAUAAUAAUAACUUCCUAAUGAUAAUAACUUCCUAAACAUGUAGAUAGACUGAUGCUGUUCCUGAGUGUUUUAUUUUGUAAAUAAACCGACUCGUUUGAGAUUCUUCUAGGUUCAAUGCUGAGAUUACUUGGUAUCAGACGAGUGCGGUGACUUGUGAAUUUCAUGACCGCACGUCCAAUAUUUUCCGUCCGGCCCCACCGCCCAGUUAAUAAGCACUUAAUAUCACCGCCUCUCUUCACUUUUCUUCGAUUCUUCUGGUGUUAGCAUCUUUCGAGGCUGUACAUAGCGCCGUGCAAGUUUUAACGACUCUGCCCUCGCCAUCACGUAUGGCACAAAUACAGAGAUUUUUUUAA